UCAAGAUUAUAACGGUCUGAGUGCUCGGUUCCAGGCAGCUGCCCCUCAAAGUCGAGUCCUUUUUUUUUUCCCCCCUCAACAUGAACAGAAUUAUUCUCCAGCUUUUCGCAGUCGGAUUCUGCUUUGCAAUCGGCCAAGCUCUGCAGUGCUACAAAUGCAAAAUUGGCCUGUGGAACCUGUGCAUAACCUCUGAAACCACAUGUGAAAAGGGAGAACAAUGCUUCAGCGGAGUCGGGAAGGCAGUCAGCUUCAUGGAUAUCAAGAUGAAGGGCUGUCUAGCAGAGGCAGAGUGCAACAAGACUAAAGAAGUGACCUUUCCUACCAGCAGCUCCAACUCCACCGUCUACACCAUGACCAAGACUUGCUGCACUGUCGACCUGUGCAACGCCGCGCCCGGUCUGCCCGGGGCCUCCGGGGUCAGCCUGGCCGCCGCCACCAUCACUGCUCUGCUUGUGGCCAAUUUUCUGGUUUAACAGAAGAUGCAGUGGAUGAUGGAUGACAAAAAAUGCACAUAAACACACACACACACACACACAAACACUACAUAAUUUACACACACUAGCACUACCAGGAUUAAAUAAAAUACCUUACUCAGACAUGAGCUCUGUGAUUUUGUAACUACAGAGCUUGUGAUUUUUCCUCCAUAUGGGUCUUGUGUUUACUAUCCUUGAGGUGUAUUGUAAUUUUUCCUUUCACAUUGGUGUUUGUUAGUUAAAAUUUAAUUCCCUCUUUUUGUUUUUGUAUUUUCAGAUGUAUCAGCCCUCAUUUCACUACAAAAGAUAUUAAAAUGUUUAGCGGACAGCUAAAGCCUAAAAUGAGUGUUACAUUGACAUGAUUUUAAGUCCCCUGUAAUUAACCCUCUCCACUUGAAUGAGCAGUAUAAAGUUUUGGUUGGGGGUUGUCUGACAGUCCUUUUUCUAGGUCAGUUUGUGCCAUCAUAUCUUAAAGGAAUAGUUUGACACUUUAGAAUGACACUUUAGAAAAUGCGCUUAAUAGCCUUUUUUUGCCGAGAGUUACAUUAGAAGCUUGAUACACUCUUGUGUCCAUGUGGUAAAUAUGGAGCUACAGCCAGGAAACUGUUAGCUUAGCUAAGUUUAGCAUAAAGAGUGGAAACAGGGAAACAGCUAGCCUGGUUCUGUCCGAAGAUUUUUUUUUUUUUUUUUUUUUUUUUAAAAAGACAAGUUUUGGUUUUUAAACACACAUAACGUAAUCAGCUUUAGAGGAUCUAGUGGGCAGAUUUUGUCCCCUUUAGUGAGAACCAGGCUAGCUGUUUCCCCUUGUUUCCAGGCUUUAUGCUAAGAUAAGCUAACCGUGUUUGGCUGUAGCUUCAUGUUCGUCUUACACACGUGAAAGUCGUAUUGAUUUUUCUAAUCUAACCCUGAAAGGAGAGUAGAUUAAAUUCCCAAAUUGUCAAACUAUUUUUUUUAAAUUAAUUGCCUCUGACCCACUGUAUUGUCAUUCUAGAGUCCUUUAUAUUCAAAUGCCAAUAUAUGAUUUCAAAGCUUCAAUGAACAUUUCCAUUUCUAUUCAUUUCAUUUAUUUUCGGUUGCUUUGCGUUCACCUUAUUAACAUGUAGCUAACAUAAUGUAAAUGGGCCCCAUGGCUUUUGUCUGGCAGUAUCUGUGAAAACAUUUCUGUCUUGUUUUGCUGGUUUCACCUUUUUUUUUUUUUUUUUUUUUUUUUUUUCUUCCUCCAACAGCUCCAUUAAUUCUGUGUUUAACCUAUUAUAUUUUUGAUAUUGGUUUCAAUUCUACACUGCACAUUACUCAAAAUGUGGGGAUGAAGCUUUUGUGUAUCUUGCUAGUUUUGAAUGUAUAUAUGAGGAGAACGUGAAUAAAUCGAUCACUCUUUG